UUACCCAUAGAUGACCGAAAACCUGAGUACCUAUCAGUUGAUCAACAGAUAGACAUCUGGAGGGAGAGUAUAGUUGACAAUGGAUUAAAGAUUACGGAGUUUAGUGUUGUGGACGCGGUUUGGCAUAUGAGUCGUCAGGAGAUAAUAAACUUUAUUCCGGUUCCCGUCGGCUUUUACAAGACAUUCAUCAAAGCGGGCCAACCAUUUGAUGGCAAACGACUAACUGAUGCCGUGUUUGACGCGCUUAUAAAUCCCGGUGCGGAUCAGCCAAACCCUAACGCAUGGAAGGAAUUCCUCGCCAAUGAAAGCAUCACUAAAAUAAUACAAAAUACCUUGCAAUCAUAUGAUCUGGUUGUAGAUCUGGGACCAGGAGAUGGAAGUCUAACCAAAGUCCUGUCCACUUAUGUCAAACAUAAACGGAUUGUGGCCUUAGAUGUGGAUCCCAUUAUGAUAUCCCACUCCAAACACAAUAAUAGCGUUGACUCUAUUGAGUACGAGUUGCAAGACUUGAGUGUGGGAUGGGAUCAGUUUAGAUCAGAUCUUAAGAGACAACUGGAGGGCAAAGUAGAGCUCAUAUUCUCUAACUUUGUGCUCCAUUUCAUACCAAAUAAGAAACAAUUACUGAAUGUUGUGUCCAGACUAUUGGCCACAAACGGCACAAUUAAUGCUAACCUCAUAGUCAUCGCUGAUAUCAAUAAAAAGUUAUCGAGUAAUGACCGGAAGGCUGAGUACUUAUCGGUUGAACAACAGACAGACAUCUGGAGGGACAGUAUAGCCGCUAAUGGAUUGACGGUUAAGGAGUUUAAUGUCGUGGACUCUGUUUGGCAUUUGAAUCGUCAGGAAAUGAUAGAUUUUAUUCCUGUACUCGUCGGACAUUACAAGACAUUCCUCAAAGAGGACCAACCAUUUGAUGGCAAGCUCAUCAUCGAUGCCGUGUUUGACUCGUAUAUAAAUCCCGGUGCCGUUCAGCCAAACCCUAACGCCUGGAAGGAAUUCCUCGCCAAUGACAACAUCACUAAAUUGAAUUUGUAUAAAGACCAUGGUUGUGUGGCAUAUAUGGAUGAAAACUUCAAUGAGAUAUUGAGCCCAAACUAUCCCAAUGUAUAUCCACUGAACGCCCGAUGUUUUUGGUAUAUAACUGUUCCCAACGAUAAAUAUAUCGGUUUAAAGAUCAACACAUUUAAAACGGAAACCAAACACGACUUUGUGUCCAUAUAUGACGGUCACUCGGAAAAGGACAGCCCAUUAAUGGGCACCUAUAGCGGAAUUGCCGAGAACUAUGACUACCUGGGUAUUCCACGUCCGGGCUUUUCUAAAUUCAAGUCUGUUAUAUCAAGUGGCAAUAAAGUGCUUGUUAAGUUUCAAAGCGAUGCCAUGAUUGGUGGCACUGGUUUUAAUAUCACUUAUGAAGUAAUGGACCAAGGUUGCGGAAUAACUCUAAAUGAAAGCCAUUACGAGAUCGUGAGCCCCGGAUAUCCAAACGACUACAUUUUCGCACUGGUAUGCGUUUGGAACAUAUCUGUGGCCCAGGAUAUGAUGCUUAUGAUCACAUUCAACGACUUCGAGACCGAGGACCAAUAUGAUUACCUGCAAAUUCACGAUGGCAUUGAGGGGAACAGUAGCUAUAUCACUUACACGGGACAUAAUAAGGAAUUAUACGAAGCAUUGACUGAUAAUAGAGAUGUUAAGCAAUAUUCUGAGAAUCCAUUGGUCUAUAUAAGCCUAACGUUGAACUCCAUACUAGUCGUUGUGAUCAUUAUAUUGGUUUACCGACAGCAAUCAUCGGUAGCCAACGAUCGUAUAGAGAAUUCAAUCAUUACUAUCGGUAAUGCCAUGUGA